AUGGAUGCAGAGAGCCUAGUGACCAUCUGCAAGGAGCCCAUGAGCCAUGUGGGUGUGCUUGUCACCAUGCUUUGGCAAGCCACGUGCACAGGAAAGAGGCUGACUUACAAGAAUCAGCUCCUGAAAGCCCAGCGAGGCCCAGCCGGGCCUGCAGCCAACUUCCGCUUUAUUCGGGAUGCUUUCACUUUCCAGACAUCUUGUUUUGAGUCAAGAUUCCUCCUUCUGAACAUGGGACUUUCCAGCAGGACCACAGCUCCUUCCGUGCACUCAGUUGGCCUAGGAUAUCCUGUACUCCUUCCCAUCGUGGUUAUUGGUGUCCAAGUGCUCAGCAAGGUGGGGGACUCCGUGUUGCUGGCGGCAGAGUGCCCUCCUGGCUUCCAAGUGCGCGAGGCCAUCUGGCGAUCUCUCUGGCCGUCAGAGGAGCUCCUGGCCACGUUUUUCCGGGGUUCCUUGGAGACUCUGUACCACUCCCGUUUCCUGGGCCGAGUCCAGCUACAUGGCAACCUCAGCCUGGAGCUUGGGCCCCUGAAAACUGGAGACAGCGGCAACUUCUCCGUGCUGAUGGUGGACACCGGGGGUCAAACCUGGACCCAGACCCUGCAUCUCAAGGUGUACGAUACGGUGCCCAAGCCCGUGGUUCAAGUGUUCACUGCUGCAACGGAAGAGGUUCAACCCCCCAACACCUGCCAGGUCUUCUUGUCCUGCUGGGCCCCCAACAUCAGUGACAUAACCUAUAGCUGGCGACGGGAGAGCCUGAUGGACGUUGAUGUGGAACUGCACAGCCUUUUCUCAAAUGGACAGGUGUUAAGUGUCUCGCUGGGACUGGGUGACAAAGAUGUGGCCUAUACCUGCAUCGCCUCCAACCCUGUCAGCUGGGAUAUGGCCACAGUCACUCCCUGGGAGAGCUGCCAUCAUGAAGCAGCCUCUGGGAAGUCCUCCUACAAGGACGUGCUGCUGGUGGUAGUGCCAAUCUCAGUGUUCCUGAUUCUAGCUGGUCUCUUUGGGGCAUGGCACCACCAUGGCCCCUGCUCAGGGAAAAGGAAAAGGAAGGAUGCUGGCACUGACAGGGUGGUUCCAGAGACGGAGAAUCCCCUCGUGUAAGAUACGCCGUGAGGGACACAUAAACUGGUGCUUGGAUCAUGACGAGACGCCCUGCCCAGCCACAUGAUGCUCCACACCCAGAAACUUCCAGGAUCCUCAGAACUUCCACAAGUCUCCUGUCUGCCGCUAGAGAACAGCCAAGGAAGCCAUCACCCUCCGAGGGGCAAGGUGGACUAAGAGGGUGCUUCCUCAAGAGCACUGGACAUUCUCUAGGAUCCGCAGAGACAUUGUCCUUCUAUACUACAGUAUAGAAGGAAUUAUUUAACUAUCAAGAGACUGACUCCAGGCCAGGUCCUGGGCCUUAAGAGAUAUCAGACAUUUGAGCUAACCACGGCCAACUCCAACCCCAGUCCCUGGAAUCUGAGAUUCUUGUGUUCAAGAUGUUACCAUAAGAAAAGUUACAGAAUAAGGAAAAGUGGAGGGAAGGAAGGGCUUUUCUUUUCUGGCAUGAAGGACUUUGGGCAUCUGAGUUCAAGGCCCCUCAAAGGUAAAUUGAAGUUAUGGGUAACAAAGGGUUGGAAGCUAUUUUUCUGGUAGCACCCUAUUAAUAGACAUCUUCAUCACCAUUAACUACUCUCAUGCCUUCUACGUGAUCUGGGGUGGUAUUUGGGGGUCUCUCUGUACAUUCUACACAGUUGCCAGAAAGGAAAAACAAACAAACAAACAAACA